AUGUCAAAAGAUAUACCCCCACAACUGAGCGCGAGUCUGCGCAUCGUCGAGCUCGAAGACCAAGUUAAAGGUCUCAUGGAGACGGUGAUUCAAUUUCACGAAAUGUACGGGCUUGAGGCAAUAAAUAUUCCCAAGCCCAACAAGUAUGUCAAAGAAGGGGGAUAUACAGUCACCGAGCUGCAGCAGCGAUAUGCGCAUCGACCGGCACCCUCGGCCACACCAGCAACGACAACAGCAACACAAGGAACUACAGUUCUGUCGGAACCACCAAAACCGAAACCGAAACCGGAAGCGGCCAAGGAAUCGAAAUCAUCGGUCACCGUAGCAGAUGUGCCAAGUUUGCCACAGUACGCUUACGCACCUUUGAACGCGGCGGCUUCUGAGAUUCGACUGUUGGCUUUGGACACGACUGGCCGUCCGGAUGAUCCCAUAAUCUGCAGGCUUAUAAUCGCCAGCUUAGACGACGCCGCCGAGUGCCCCCCAAUGUUCAAAUCGGCGCCAAUUGAGUGCUUUACCCCGUUGUCGUACUGCUGGGGAACGUCGUCUUUCACGGAACACAUCGUUGUGGAUGGACAUUCGUUUUCUGUUACGCCUUCUUUGUACAAUGCCCUGCAACACUUUCGCAAGGCCGUUCCACCACCUGAGGAUCCCUUCAAGAGAUUCCAGGGGGACAAGGCUGAAUCGUACUGGUGGAUUGAUGCCAUUUGCGUCAACCAAAAUGAUGUGACCGAAAGAAGCAGUCAAGUUGGUCUUAUGACUCGUCUCUACAAGGCUGCCCACAUGGUACAUGUGUGGCUUGGAGACGAGGGUGAUAAUAGCACGCAGGCCAUGAGGCUCAUAAGGGACUUGGCUUAUAUUCCAGAAACGCCGGAAGACAUUGAGUCUUGGAACUACAUACCAAAGAAAGCGGGACAGACUCACCGACCGGAUGGACCUGGCCGGCCCAUGGCGAAGCUGCCAGUUCAUGAGACCACUUUUGUGUCAGAACAAGAGAAACUGGACAAUUAUGCAGCGAUUAUUAGAUUCUACCAACGCCCGUGGUUUUCCCGAGUUUGGAUCCGACAGGAAAUAGCACUUCCCAGCGACGUCAUAUUCCAUUGCGGUGGCGAGACGUGUAAUUGGAAGGAUGUGAUGCGGGUUGCCGAUAUACUAACGUACUUGGCUGACGAGUACCAUAUGCCGGCUCUACAGCAUGAUGGACUAAGGGAUACUCACUCGUUCGGUUCUUGCUUUCGCAAGGCUCUUGGAUUGUAUGAGCUCCGCGAGGAGAUAAGUCGGCGCGGAGGCUCAUAUGGAGAGCUACAAGUGCUGGCGCUGAAAUGGAGAGAUUGCCUGGCCACCGACCCAAGAGACAAGGUAUUCGCCAUGUUGCCGCUUACGAAUCCUGAUGAAACCGAUGUGCGGGCAGACUAUGCCAAGGACAAACAGAAAUUGUAUAGAGACACAACCUUGAGUCUUCUGAGGAAGAAUCUGGAUUAUCUUUCGGGCUGUCAGAAUCCCACUCGAUCGAACGGUUUGCCGUCGUGGGUUCCUGACUUGGAGGUACCUUCAAGGCCUCUAUUGACAGAGACGAAUUAUGGCCAUGAUAAGAGUCUCGUGAACCACUGGGGGAACCCGCCAGAAGAUGUGGCAAAAUUUGAACAUGUCCCUAGUGAGGCUCGACUCGAUAUUCAUGGUGUCAUAUUUGAUGAAGUCCAAGUCAUCAACGAGGACGACUACAUUGAAGCCGAGUCGUCCAAUAAGGAUGUACGCACUAUAUCAGAGCGAUGGCGGGAAUUCCAUGAGUCUCACCGAGACGCCCUAUUCGAAGAGUGGGAGGAACAAGGAAACUGGGAAGCAAGAGACGAGUGCUUAAGAAUGUUUGAUGUUCCCUUCAAUGACAGCGAAUGGCAAUUUCAUAUUUUGGGAAAUACCGAUGGGGACACAUAUCGAGAGGGCGGUGACCGGGAUGGCGUGCAUUUCAAGCGGUGGGACGACGAUAAUGUAGACCAUGAUCCUACUUUGAAGAGGGUCAAGAGGCUUCUGCCAUCGGAUGGCACUCCCUUUUCUGAUGUUCUGGGCCGAGAGGAUGAAUACUUUGCAAAUCUACGACCGCUGGCCAUUGGCCGCAGAAUGUUUUUCUCAUCGAGGGGAGCCCUUGGACUGAUUCCGAUUGAGGCCAUAACGGGAGAUAAGGUCUGCUUCUUUGACGGGUGCGGUUGUCCUUUUGUGAUCCGAAGGGCUGGAAACGAAACCUGGGUGAUUGUUGGACAAGCUUAUUACUUUGGAAGAAUUGUGUUAUAUGAGGCGAGCAAGAAACCGAAGAAGGCGAUAAUUCGAAUCGUCUAG